CCCACUGAAUCCCUCGCCGGACGUGGACAAAGAAAGUGCAGCAGUGAGCGAGGGAAAGAGCAGCAGCAGUCAAUUGAGCCGGUUGAGGGCCACUCAAGGCGCAUCUCAGGCGCCAGGGUAAUUCAACUCCCCUUUUUUUGUUUGUUGGAAUUUGAGCUGUUCAAGAUUGUGUUGUGCUGGUCUUUGUUUGGAUGAUUGUGGAGUUGUUGUGGACUGCUGGAUUCUUGUUUUUGGAUCCCAAUCUGGGGACUUUGCGUUAUAAACUGGUCUGGGUUCUGAUUUUUUUUUUCUUCCGGUGGUGUUGUGAUCAGUGGUAUUGUUCUGACGAAGUCAAAAGGGAGUUGUUAUAGCUAUGGCGUCAGAUCCGAAGAAGGUUUAUGGGUUCGAGGAGGUUUCUGGGCACAACAAGACCAAAGAUUGCUGGCUUAUUAUCUCCGGCAAGGUCUAUGAUGUGACCCCAUUCAUGGAAGAUCAUCCCGGAGGAGAUGAAGUUUUGUUGUCAGCAACUGGGAAAGAUGCAACAAACGAUUUUGAGGACGUGGGGCACAGCGAUUCGGCUAGGGAGAUGAUGGACAAGUACUACAUUGGCGAGAUAGAUGCAAACACGGUUCCUACAAAACGCAAGUACGUUCCCCCACAGCAGUCAUACAACCAGGACAAGACCCCAGAGUUUGUGAUCAAGAUAUUGCAGUUUCUGGUUCCCCUCUUGAUUUUGGGGCUGGCCUUUGCUGUCCGUACCUACACCAAGAAGGAAUAAAAGCUGCUGCCGCUGCACCUAAUCUCGUGGAUCCUGAACCCCUACCAUACUCAACAAUGCGACUCAAGAGUACUAGCGUCUUUGUUUUAGCUUUCACUUGCAUUAUGUUUGCCAACAUUUACAUUUACACAGGUGUUUAUUUCACAGUCGGGUUAGUGUCGAUUAUUGUGUUUGCUUGACAGUAAUAUAGCAGUACUUUCUCGGUUCAACUCUUAUUUCUCUGGGUAAAUGAGGGGUGCUGUGCACCUCUUAGACAAGAUUCACUAUUUCUAGUUCUGGGGAGUUCCUACAAUAGAAGAGAUUCCUGGGAAUUUUGUGACCUCUCACUGUGACCAAUAUGUCGACAGUAAGACAUACCCCUUUGAAUAUGGGAAAUAAUCGACUCCCGUGGAUAAAACCUACAAACCUAACAGCUGCUUCUGUAUAUAGAACUCUGCUUACGCUCACAAUGUUUAGAUCGAACAGAAUGAACAUAAACAUAUCUUCCGACAGAACAGUGCCAACGCUUCUGCAGUCUCCAAACCGUUGAAUACGAAUCUACGAUUACCGCCCACUGUCAUCACCUGAAAUCGACUUCUUCAAUCAAGUUUGCAUCCUAUUCUCCUCCAUCCAUGUUUUUGUGCUUCCCAAGGAGCGAACUAUGGGGAAAGUGCAUAGUUUCCAAUAAUCAAGCAGUUGGAGAGGAGGAAUAAUGUAGGAGGUUUCAA